CUGGCACAAGUAAGAAAGAUCUUUCUUUUGAUGACCAAGACAGUGAAAAAAGGUCGGCGCCAAUGUCAAGAGAAUCUACAAUAAUGGAAACUCAGUUAAGGAAAGGAAGUUCAUUAGCUGAACUAAGGGUUAGCCCAGAUUGUGAAAGAGAAUCACAGAUCACGUGUGUAGCUGAAAAAGCACCUCCUGAAAUCCUUCCUUCAGAAGAUGUUCCACAUGAAGAGGAAAUGUCUGCUCCUUGUGAGAACCAUCAGGGGGAUAGCAGUCAGCAUCUGAAGCCUUUGGGCCAUAAUUAUCAAGACACAUCUGAUGAAGAACUACAGUGGAAAGCAUUUUCCAAAGGAUUAGGUUCUACUGAAUCAUUGUUCAAGUCAAACAGGUUCUCUCCAAGCUCUGAAAGUGCCAGAUCUGACUGUUCUCUCCCAGAUUUUCAGAAAGUGUCUGCAGUUUGGAUUGAUGUUUCAGAUGUUGAAUUAGAGGUGCAAAAUGGAGAGGGCACUGAUGUCAGUAUUCCAGAAGAAUUAGUCUAUGAUGCUUCUCCUAAGGCUCCAAAAGAAGCACCAAUAGCAAUAAAUUCUGGGAGGAAAACAUUACAUAGUGACAAACAUAAUGAACUUGAAGUGUCCAAGGAUGACAGCAGCACAGAGAUUUCAUCAUGCUCUCAGAACUUCCAGAAAUGCCCUGGAGAGGCUUCAGCUCAUGGGUGCACCGGUCAUUUGCCUUCUUUCCUUUCAGCAGACAAAGCAAAUACAUCCAAAACAACACCAUUGGAUUCCUCUCAGUUUGGUAAACCCACUGAGGGAAUGGAUAAGCCACACUUGGAAGCCUCAGAAAACUCAAAAAAUGCAGCUGCCAGCUCUUUGUGCAGUGAUAUUUACCUACUUCAGAACCACAAACAGCACAAUCCUGAUUCUAUAACUAACAAAUCAAAAAGGAAUGAUGGAAUUAACAGUUUAUUAGGGGAUCAAAGUCUUCCGUUGAUGGAUUCUUUGAAACCUUUAGAUGUGGCUGCUAACCAAUUUAGUAGCACUGUCUCUUUUCCAUCUGACAAAGAUACUGCAAAUGAUAAAUUAGUAACAUGUUCAUUGUCCAGAAAUGCAGCAGUGCAAAAUGAUCAUGCACAGCUUUUGAAUGAGAGGAGCAUAUCUGGAGAACUCGGUAAGAUUGUAUCUCUGCCCUUGUCCACACAAGGAAUUUCUGAGGAAGUCCAUACAGAAACCACCUCCUUCGGGUCUUUGCAGAGGUUGGCCCCAGGAACUCAUGAGAAUUCAAAAACUGACAGGCAAGCCACAAAGGAAUUGGGGAAUGGGCAGUUUUCUUCCUCAAAAGAGCAACUGUUUCAAUCUGAGAACUCUUUCAGAAGUGAAGAUUAUACAAUCUUUAUUAGUGAUGAGGCUACCUUGUCAGAAAUACUGUCUCCUGUUGAUGAAGUGUUGUCCUACGGAAGUGCUGACUUGCCAUCCUCUAAUAAAAAGGAUUUGUCAUUUCCAAGUGAAGAUCUCCCUCCUCCCCCUUUGGGUGUAGAUACAAUGAAAAAUGAUGAUUCUAGCUUCAGUACAGAUGAUUUCCCACCUCCACCAGAACAAAUGACAGUCCCAGAGACUGGACAGUGUAUGAAUGAAGAUAUAUCACUGAAAAUGGAUGCAUUCCCCCCAUUACCUGAUGACACUGUGUCUGAAGAAUAUCCCUUGUUCAAUCGAGAGCCAGUUGAUAUCUUUUCAUCUCAGGAAGGUAACAUCUCAGAACAGUAUUUAGUUGAAGAAGAUAUUUCCUGUGCAAAGGAGCACUUGUCAGAAUACCAGGAAGGAGAGCAGGAGAUGCUUUCACACUCUUUGGAGCUUCUGCCUGUGUCAAAUCCUGUUUCUUCUAGUCAGGCCAGUAAAACUCCUGCAUUCAUGAUGAAACAAUGCAAAACAUACGUAACGCUGCACUUAGGUGAGGAGGACAGUGAUGAUCCACUAUCAGCAUUUGAAAUUGGUGACAGAGUGUUAGUAAAGCAGACCCAACCUGGAACCCUGAUGUUCAAAGGACAGACUUGCUUUGAUAGCGGCCAUUGGGCUGGUGUUGCACUGGACAAAGCUGAAGGUGAUCAUGCUGGAACUUAUAAAGGGGUGAAGUAUUUUGAAUGUGCACAGCACUGUGGUAUCUUUGUCAGACCUGGUGAGAUUUCACACCUUUUGGAGGAUAACAAAAAUGGUUCCAGUUCCACUGGGGAUGAAGACUCAGACUCCUCCUAUGAUGAUGAAUCCUUCAAAAGAGGCUGCAAAUACCCUGAAGUUGGUGAGCAGGGUGCAGGGGUAACAGAGCAGAAAGCUGAAGAUACAAAAAGUGCAGGAGGAUCAGAUGUGUCAGAAAAGCAGUCUAGGCUGUAUGUUGCCUUGCAGUCCAGAAAAAGUCAAACAUUUCCACAUGCUGACCACCGUAAAUGUGAUGAAUAUCAUCAUCAAAAUAAUUUAAUGUGCUGGGGAUCAGAUAAAGAAAAAACAGAUAUGAUACAAAUAAAACAAGGGAUGCUCGCGGAUGUGCCUCCAAAGGAAAAUAAGACUAGCCAUGCUGAUGGGAAAAACACAAACAAAAAUGUUUGUUGCUUAGUAGAGGAUCAGAAAAGAAACAAACUUACAGAUGAUAUCGCUGAACUCAGUAAGAAACUUCUAUUUGAUGCGUUAAUUGCAUUCUCUGAAACAGCUCAACACAAAUACAAAGGUGCCUUUGAAGAAAAUGUGAUGAAUUAUAUCAAAGGCCUAAAACAAGGAGACAGUCAUAAACAAUUUCUUAUCAAAGAAAAUCCACUUGCUAGCUUAACUGAGCAAUCAGCAAAGGUUGCUGAUCUUUUACUGCAUGAUUUCAAUAUGCUUAGCAUUCAUGGUUGUCGCACUAUAGCAGAAAGAAUUGUGACUAAAUUUGUAGAUGAUGCAGUUAAGGAAUAUAAGAAGAUUAAAAGAAAACAAGGAGUAAAAACAGACAAGAGAUUUCCUUCAUCUUCAAAGACUUCUCCAACUACUUUGCCUUUCCUUUUAAAAAUCCUCGAUGCUGGUGUUUUUGGAAGCUCUAAAGAUUUUGAUCAGCCUAACUCUAGUGAACGUGCUCUGGAAAGACAAACACAAAAGCAAUACUUGCUGGAUCACUGGUACUCAGCUCCUUGGAAGAAAACUGUAGAGGUUCCCCUUGUGGUACCACACUAUACUUCAUAUGUUAAGAACUUGUCUGCAUAUGCUGUAGAAGAAUUAUGGACUCCAGAAAACAUUUAUUCAAAUUUCACAAGAACCAACGUGCCAAAGAAGUUUGAGUGUAAUGACUUCCCAGGGAAUGACUUGGAAACAGAAAGCAAGAGGAUGUAUAAUCAGGUUAUAUUCGAUUUGACUCAUGAGCUUCUACGUGCGGAAUAUCAAGUAACUGCACAUCCAAAUACAUUUCCGUGGUUGAAAGAAAACUUGAGAUCUUGCUGUUCUAGGUGUCACUGCAGAAGCACAGCUGUCGAUGAGGUUAAGACAUUUGUUCAGGGGGAAAUUAUUAAAAUAAUGAACCUGGAAAGGAAUGACUUAGAAAGGAAAAGAAAAUUCCUUAAUAUGACUAAGUAUGGAAACUGUGAGAGAGACAGAGUGGAUCUCAUUCUGAUUCAGGAACUCCAUAAAGAAGAAUCUCAGUGGACUUACUACGGUGAUGAUGAAUUAACUGUGAAGAUGAGCAUGACUGAAGACAUAUUUGAUAGCUUGAUCCUUGAUACAGUCAGAGUGCUCAACAAGAUUUAUUUGAGAAAAGCCAGUGAUUAGAAGUUUGGAGUUUUAAUCCCUGACUUCUAAGGCAAGAGAUGCACGAUUAAUAAUCUUAAUUCAGAGCUUUACCCAAUACAAGUGUAGCCUAAAUUACAUGUUCAUAUUUACAACAAAAGGAUGCAAGUAAAAAAAAAAAAAAAAAUGCUACCUAAAACUUUCUUUUUAAGUUUUGAACUUUGGAAAUGCUGAUUAAGCUCAAUACUCUUCUUGGAGUGGUGUUACACGUGAUCUAGGUGGUGACAAUUUUAUUCUGUUUGUUUGUUUUUUAUCAAGAUAGCACUUUAUUCAUCUAUACAUUUUAAGAGCUCCUUGUGGGUUUAAAAUUGUAUAGGAGUCUAUGAUUAUACAGACAGGGUUCAAAAGUAAUUUAUGUGUAAAUGAUCUUAUUCUUCAUUAUUGCAUUCUGGUUGUGAAUGAUGAUGGAUGAAUCACAUCUUAAGAAAAAUGUUCAGAAAAUCAAUGCUGUCUGUCUUCAGAAAAUCAGGGUGCAGAUGGAAUUAAAUCUUACAGAAAGUAAAUUGUUGUUGAUCUCUUGGAAUAAACUCUACUAAUGGGAACAAGUCUAAAACUUUUCCUGAGGGGCUCAGCACCAUUACAGAGGUGAUGGUGCAGCAGUUUUUAUGUCCUGUAAAUGUUUAUAUUUAAAAUCAUAAUAUUUACAGUCUAAUGAAAUGCACUUUGUUUCUAUUUCCAAGUACUGAUGGUUUAACUGUUUUCAUACUGAAUUGCUUUCUGAAUAAACAAAAUAAAUCUAA